UAAGACGCGUUGGAAACAGUAUCUUUAGCAUGUCCGACCGACACUCUUGAUUUUGUUUCUACGUUACGAUUUUAUGUAAUUUGGAUGUAAAUAUAGAGAAUAUGGACCUAAACACGUUUCACAAGAUUGAUGAGGGACUGACAAGUAGUGAAACGGCCCAGCUGAAGUUUCUGUGCAUGGACCUAAUUCCCAAGAAACGUUUGGAGACCGUGGCUGAUGCCAAAGAUCUAUUCCUGAGACUGGAAGAGCAAGCACUACUUGAUGAUGGGUUACUCGUCCCCGAGCUUCUGGUCACAAUUGGCCGCUUUGACUUGCUUGGCAUCCUGGGAAUGUCCAAAGAAGAUGUGGAAAGGAAACUGCUACAGUGUGACAUGUCUAGGAAAGGUGUCUCAGCCUACAGAAAAAUGCUAUUUGGAAUAUCUGAGCAGAUGACAGCAGAAAACCUUCGUUCGGUGAAGUUCCUUGUAGAACUUCCGAGGUCAAAAUUAGGAACGUCUGCUACAUUUCUAGAUGUUAUAAUUGAGAUGGAAAAGCUACAGAGGCUUGGGGAAGACAACCUGGAUGAACUUUACAAUGUUUUAGACAAAUGUGACAAACAGAUGGCCUGCAGGAUAGAGGACUACAGGACCCGGGAACAAGGAGGCAGACUUCCUCUACGGGAAGUGUUUGGCAGUGCACAAGUUUCCUUACCUGCUGAAAGUAGGCAAAGAUAUCAAAUGGAGACAGGAACUGGAUCGAGAGAAUCACUUUUUACAGACGCAGAACCUGAACCAACACAGGAUGAAUAUUAUAAUAUGACUCGGCGGCCUCUUGGAUAUUGUCUAAUCAUCAACAACUACAACUUUAAAGAAAAGUCCUCACUGAGCAACCGAACUGGAACGAAUAAGGACAGAGGUGACCUUAGCAGAGUGUUUCGCAGAAUGCAUUUUGUGGUUGAGGUUCAGAAUGAUCUGACCGCUUCAGAAAUGAAGGAACUGAUUAAGGAAUUUGCAAAAAAGGAUCAUAAUCAAAUGGGUGCUUUUGUCUGCUGUGUCCUCUCGCAUGGACAGAAGGGCGCGGUUUUGGGCGUGGAUGCUCAAGGAGUUGAAAUCCGUGAAAUCACAAAGCCUAUUGCUGAAUGCCAUACACUAGCAUCCAAGCCCAAGCUUUUCUUCAUUCAAGCCUGCCAAGGAAGUAAGGGCCAGAAUGGUGUAUGGGCAGAGGAUUCACCGGAAAAUGCUACAGAAGAAGAGUAUGAGGCAGAUGCUUAUAAUCCAGCAUACCGCUUUAUUCCUAUAGAAGCGGAUAUGCUAAUCGGAAUGGCCACAGUGGAGCACUACCAGUCCUUCCGGCACACUAUAAAUGGGUCUAUCUAUAUCCAGGAGCUCUGUAAUCAGUUGGAGAAUUUGUGCCCCAGAGGAGAGGAUAUCUUGUCCAUCCUGACAAAGGUAAACCAUGAAGUGAGCUUGAAAAAGAUGAAGGUCUUCAAGCAGAUGCCUGAACCUCGAUAUACCCUCACCAAGAAGCUGGUCCUGCCCAUGGACUAAAGAUUCUGAUUGACUCCUGUUCGACUGGAUUCAUGCUAA